AUGCUGCGGAAUCUGCUGGCUUUUCGCCAGAUUGCCCAGACGACCAUAAGUACUGCUUCAUGCAGGCAGUUUGAAAAUAAAGUUCCAGAGAAACAAAAGCUAUUUCAGGAGGAUAAUGGAAUACCAGUGCAUCUAAAGGAUGGAGUAGCUGAUGCCUUCCUGUAUAGAGCCACUAUGAUGCUUACAGUUGGUGGAACAGCAUAUGCCAUUAUUAGCUAG